GCUCCCACGUCGGGGAAACAAAUCAUCGCCUGAAGGCACAUUACAAAGGGUGAGUAGACUAAUUCCAACAGCGGCUGUGUCGUUCUUUCGCUUCCCCUAAAAACCGCGCCGGGAGCGCAGAUGUCCGCCAAGGACUGCUUGUCCUGCUGAUGCGGGAGCAGGAGCUUGAGGGUGAUGUCGACACCAGACCCCCCCAUGGGAGGCACCCCUCGCCCAGGUCCUUCUCCUGGUCCGGGUCCCUCCCCUGGGGCAAUGUUAGGUCCCAGCCCUGGACCGUCCCCAGGCUCCUCUCACAGUAUGAUGGGCCCCAGCCCCGGACCUCCAUCCGCCGCACACUCUCAGCCGGGGCCGUCUGGUUACGGGCAGGACAACAUGCACCCCCUGCACAAACCCAUGGAGGGAAUGCUUGACAAGAGCAUGAGUGAGGAGAGUCGAUUUGGUCAGAUGAAGGGUCUGACUAUGAGGCAGGGCGGGCACAGCAGUAUGUGCCCCCCACCCAGCCCUCUGGAUCAACACUCACAAGGGUAUCACUCCCCUUUAGGUGGCUCAGAUCACUCCAGCCCUGUCCCUUCAAAUGGUCCUCCUUCUGGUCCUCUUAUGCCAUCAUCCUCUUCUUCCUCUUCCUCUGGUGGACCUGGUUCUGUCUCGACACCUUUAGAUGGGCCCAGUGGAGACCAGCAUGCUCUUGGUCCUAAUAACCGGUCUGGCCCUCCAGUUAGUUCCGGCCCAGGUCCAAGUCCUGGGCCCACUCUUUGCUCCAGCAUCUCCAGUCUUGGAUCUGGGCUUGAUACUGGUGUCCCAACUGGCCCUGGAGGUUCUGGCGGCCCUGGUGGCCCUACGCCCUUCAACCAGAACCAACUCCACCAGCUCAGAGCUCAGAUCAUGGCCUAUAAGAUGCUGGCCCGAGGGCAGCCUUUGCCAGAUCACCUCCAGGUGGCUGUCCAAGGGAAACGGCCAAUGCCUGGGAUGCAGCAGCAGCCAAUGCCUACCCUCGCUCCUGGUCCUGGAGGUGGGCCAGCAGGUGGACCUGCAGGACCGGGGCCAAUGGGAUCAGGGUACAGUCGAGCUCACGGAAUGAUGGGUCCCAACAUGCUUCCUCCAGGUCCGUCAGGUACUCCAGCUGGGAUGCAAGGACAAAACCCCAAUGGACCUCCUAAAUCAUGGCCUGAAGGCCCCAUGGUUAAUGCAGCAGCUCCUUCCAACGCCCCCCAAAAACUGAUCCCCCCUCAGCCUACAGGCCGGCCCUCUCCUGCCCCGCCCUCUGUUCCUCCUGCUGCCUCCCCGGUAAUGCCUCCACAGACACAGUCCCCCGGCCAGCCGGCACAGCCUACUCCCAUGAUGCCUUACCACGCCAAGCAGAACCGCAUUACCCCCAUUCAAAAACCCUGCGGCCUUGACCCGGUAGAGAUCCUGCAGGAGAGGGAGUACAGGUUACAGGCUCGUAUCACCCAUCGUAUCACUGAGCUGGAGAACUUGCCGGGGUCUCUGGCAGGGGAUUUACGUACCAAAGCUACAAUAGAGCUCAAAGCCCUUCGACUGCUCAACUUCCAGAGACAACUUCGCCAAGAGGUAGUUGUGUGUAUGCGUCGUGACACGGCUCUGGAGACCGCCCUCGAUGCCAAGGGCUACAAGCGUAGCAAGCGCCAGUCUCUGCGAGAGGCCCGCAUUACGGAGAAACUGGAGAAGCAGCAAAAAAUUGAGCAAGAACGCAAACGCAGGCAGAAACAUCAGGAGUACCUCAACAGUAUCCUGCAGCACGCCAAAGACUUCAAAGAGUACCACCGUUCAAUCAUGGGAAAAAUUCAGAAACUGACCAAAGCAGUGGCAACUUACCACGCCAACACGGAACGGGAGCAAAAGAAGGAGAAUGAGCGUAUUGAGAAAGAAAGGAUGAGGAGGCUCAUGGCCGAGGACGAGGAGGGCUACCGCAAACUGAUUGACCAAAAGAAGGACAAGCGCCUGGCCUACCUGCUGCAGCAAACCGAUGAGUAUGUCGCCAACCUGACUGAGCUGGUCAGAGCUCACAAGGCUGCCCAGGCGCUCAAGGAGAAGAAGAAGAAGAAAAAGAAAAAGAAGAAGUUGGAGAAUGCUGAGGGCCAGACUCCUGCUCUGGGCCCUGAUGGAGAGCCUCUGGAUGAGACGAGUCAAAUGAGCGACCUGCCUGUAAAGGUCAUCCAUGUGGACAGCGGGAACAUCCUAACGGGACUGGAUGCUCCAAAAGCCGGACAGCUGGAUACCUGGUUGGAGAUGAACCCCGGUUAUGAGGUGGCUCCCCGCUCGGACAGUGAGGACAGCGAGGAGGAGGAAGAGGAAGAGGAGGAAGAGGAAGAGCCUCAGCCUUCUGCUGCUCCGGUGGAGGAAAAGAAGAAGAUCACAGAUCCCGACAGUGAGGAUGUCUCAGAGGUGGACGUGCAGCACAUUAUAGAAAAUGCAAAACAGGAUGUGGAUGAUGAGUACAGCGGUGCAGCAUUCGCUCGAGGGCUGCAGUCUUAUUACUCGGUAGCUCACGCUGUAACGGAGAAGGUGGACAAACAGUCCACUUUGUUGAUAAAUGGGCAACUUAAACAGUAUCAGAUCAAAGGUCUGGAGUGGCUGGUUUCCCUCUACAACAACAACCUGAACGGAAUCCUGGCGGAUGAAAUGGGUCUGGGAAAAACCAUCCAGACAAUCGCCCUCAUCACAUACCUCAUGGAGCACAAGCGACUCAACGGACCCUACCUCAUUAUUGUGCCCCUCUCGACUCUUUCUAACUGGGUGUAUGAGUUUGACAAGUGGGCGCCUACAGUUGUCAAAGUCUCUUAUAAGGGGUCUCCUGCAGCCAGAAGAGCCUUCGUCCCCCAGUUGCGAAGCGGGAAAUUCAACGUUCUACUCACCACCUAUGAGUACAUUAUCAAAGACAAACAAGUACUGGCCAAGAUUCGUUGGAAAUACAUGAUUGUGGACGAGGGACACCGCAUGAAGAAUCAUCACUGUAAACUGACCCAGGUCCUGAACACCCACUACCUGGCACCACGUCGGGUCCUGCUGACAGGAACGCCACUGCAGAACAAGCUGCCUGAGCUCUGGGCGCUGCUCAACUUUCUCCUCCCGACCAUCUUCAAGAGCUGCAGCACUUUUGAACAGUGGUUCAACGCCCCGUUUGCAAUGACUGGAGAGAAGGUGGAUCUAAAUGAAGAAGAGACUAUCUUGAUUAUCCGACGCCUCCACAAAGUGCUCCGCCCCUUCCUCUUGCGACGGCUGAAGAAAGAAGUGGAGGCGCAGCUUCCAGAGAAGGUGGAAUAUGUCAUCAAAUGUGACAUGUCAUCUCUUCAGCGAGUGCUGUACAGGCAUAUGCAGGCCAAAGGUGUCCUCCUGACUGAUGGCUCAGAGAAAGAUAAGAAAGGUAAAGGAGGUACGAAGACGCUGAUGAACACCAUCAUGCAGCUGAGGAAGAUCUGUAACCACCCUUACAUGUUCCAGCAAAUUGAGGAAUCGUUCUCUGAACACUUGGGAUUCUCAGGAGGUAUAGUUCAGGGUGCUGAUCUUUAUCGGGCAUCAGGAAAGUUUGAGGUGUUGGAUCGUAUUCUGCCCAAGCUCAGAGCUACAAACCACAAAGUGCUGCUCUUCUGUCAGAUGACCUCACUCAUGACCAUUAUGGAAGACUACUUUGCCUACCGGAACUUCAAGUAUUUACGUCUAGAUGGCACCACAAAGGCUGAAGAUAGAGGAAUGCUACUGAAGACAUUCAAUGAUCCAGAGUCUGAGUACUUCAUUUUCCUUCUUAGUACUCGUGCUGGAGGCCUCGGGCUCAACCUUCAGUCUGCUGACACUGUGGUCAUAUUUGACUCUGACUGGAACCCGCACCAGGACCUGCAGGCUCAGGACAGAGCUCACCGGAUUGGUCAGCAGAACGAGGUGCGUGUGCUUCGACUGUGCACAGUCAACAGUGUUGAGGAGAAGAUCUUGGCCGCCGCCAAAUAUAAACUGAAUGUUGACCAGAAGGUCAUCCAGGCCGGCAUGUUUGACCAGAAGUCCUCCAGUCAUGAGCGUAGGGCCUUCCUGCAGGCCAUUCUGGAGCAUGAGGAGCAAGAUGAGGUCUGGGUUCAAGGAGUGUGUCGACACAUGGAUGAGGAGGAUGAGGUUCCAGAUGAUGAGACCGUUAACCAGAUGAUAGCCAGAAGUGAGGAGGAGUUUGAUCAGUUUAUGCGUAUGGACCUGGAUCGAAGACGCGAGGAGGCGCGUAACCCACGGCGUAAACCUCGUCUCAUGGAGGAAGACGAGCUGCCCACUUGGAUCAUGAAGGAUGAUGCUGAGGUGGAACGACUGACCUGCGAGGAGGAGGAAGAGAAAAUGUUUGGACGUGGUUCUCGACAGAGAAAGGAGGUGGACUACAGUGACUCACUGACCGAGAAACAGUGGCUCAAGCAGGCGAUAGAGGAAGGCACACUGGAGGAAAUGGAGGAAGAGGUGCGUCACAAAAAGACCACCCGGAAGAGGAGGAGAGACCGCGACCUGGAUCUGCCCGGCCCCUCGUCCUCAUUGGGAGGACGUGGACGCGGAGACAAAGACGAAGAUGGGAAAAGGCAGCGGAAGAGAGGACGACCGCCGGUUGAAAAAAUCUCUCCAAACCCUCCCGGACUCACAAAAAAGAUGAAGAAAAUCGUAGAUGCCGUCAUCAAGUACAAAGACAGCACCAGUGGGCGCCAGCUGAGUGAAGUGUUCAUCCAGCUGCCUUCUCGCAAAGAACUACCAGAGUACUAUGAAUUGAUCCGCAAACCUGUAGACUUCAGGAAGAUCAAGGAGAAGAUUCGAAGUCACCGUUACCGUAGUCUGGGUGACCUGGAGAGAGACGUUAUGCUGCUUUUCCAGAACGCUCAGACCUUCAACCUGGAAGGCUCACUGAUAUAUGAGGACUCCAUCGUGCUGCAGUCAGUGUUCACCAGUUUGAGGCAGAAGGUCGAGAAGGAGGAGGAAAGCGAGGGGGAGGAGAGUGAGGAAGAGGAGGAGGAGCAGGAGGAAGGAUCAGAGUCUGAAUCUCGCUCUGUCAAAGUGAAGAUCCGUUUGGGAAGGAAGGAGAAGGGGGGAGAGCGGGGGAAAGGGCGCAGUAGAAGAACAGGACGAACUAGAGCCAAACCUGUUGUAAGUGACGAUGACUCCGAGGAAGAGCAAGAAGAGGAACGUUCGCCCAGUGCGACUGAUGAGGAAUCCUGAGUUGUACCAGCGCCACAACUGUGGCUUAAAGGGACAUUCCACAAAAAUGAAGCCCCACACUUAUACAUACAGUAAAUACACUGUGCCUGUCGGCUCCGCCCACCUUCAGUCAAAUGCAGAUGCGACUUUCCACUUUACAUAACGCACAGUACAGAUUGUCUUUGUACAAAGGCAAACUCACAUCAAACAGUUUUGCUGUUUCCAAUUUUUAAACUGUCUUAAUUCAAAGUGAUAAGGUGAGAUUUUAUCUUUUAUGUUAAUUUUUGAGUGCAAGUUAGGAGAGUCUUUGGACCAGUUUGCGGACUUUGUGAAUUUGCACUUUUUAAAACUGUUUACAAAAUUCUGUUUAUCACUUAAAAACACUACAAAAUAGUUCCUCGGUUAAAUUCAGGGCAACUAGGUUGAGUGUACGUGCACCCUGAGGCUCCAUAGAAUCAGUCAUCAAUAUCAUUUUAUUGCAUGAGUUGUGCAGCUAACAUCUCACUGUGUUUUUCCACCGGAAUGUACCAUCUCACCUCGACUCUACUCCUGUUUGGUACCACAUGCUUCCUUUUCAUCUGUCAACUGUAGAACCCCAAACCCAUCAUAGCGAUAUCGCAUUAAACUGCCGUGGCGUUACCUUCAACGGAAAGCGUAAAAGACCAGUGAAUGAAGUGUCUUUAUUUCAAAUGCAUAAAAACAAUUUAUAUACAUGUUAAAUGAUCGCAAAAAGACACAAUAGAAAUAAUAAUACUACAAAUAUCAACAUAAAAUGUCAAAUUCCACGUUUGAAGAAGUAAUCGUCAAUGUUUUCACAUCACCUUUUGAUAUCGCCUUUGGUACUGCAAAGGAGGUGAUAGCAAAAACAGGACCAGGUACUUACUGGGUACCUGGUUUGUCGAAUCGAGCAGGUACCAUGCAGUGGAAAAGUACCAUAACUUAAAAGCAGCUGUUCUGUCUGCUCCACUGGUGGUGUUCUUUUUUUUCUUCUUCUUCAUCUUUUUUCUAUUUUGUAGUUUUGACUGUAAGUAGAAUGUGUUAAUCAAAUGUGUUGAUCAAAAGUUAUUAUUAAGCUAUACUUCAGGGUCCAACUAUAACUUUCAAUAGUUAGAGACAUUACAGAAACAUUUAUUUUAAAAUAUUACAUUAUCAGCAUCCAUCUUAAAAUUGAACCUGGACUUUCUUGAUCCCACGCCGGCACAGCCGCCAAGUUUCACUGAAACUCCUUCAAGUCUUUUUGCGAUAUCCUGCUAUCAGAGGAACCAGGCCAAA